AUGUUGCUUACCAUUACCUUAGCUAUUGGUGUGCCAAUCAAGAUGGAUCGAAACAUGUUGAAUAUGAAUCGUGGUCAGUUUACACGAGUGUGUGUUCAAAUAGAUUUGAAUGUUCCUGUAGUGGGAAAAUUCAGUCUCAAUGGGAGUUGGUAUAGAGUGGAAUAUAAGGGUCUACAUGUUCUUUGUGCUACUUGUGGCUGUUAUGGCCAUGUUGCUCGAGCUUUCCCAACCAUACCAUUAUCUCAACUGAUUGCUGACAGUCAGGAAACCCAAAGCAAGCAAGGGGCAGGGGUGACUCCUAAUCCUAACCAUAAUAUGGAGAAGGUGUCACCACUAGCUAUUGAGUUUGAUGACGUUGCGACGCAUGAGGAGUGGAUGGUGGUGAAGCACAAACCUAGGAAGAACGAGACUAAUCAGAAGACACCAAUCAUGGUGAGAGCAACAUCUUCUCCAGAUGACAAAUCGGAAAGAUCGGAAAUUCCUCCAACUGGGGAAGUAGGAAGGUCAACUAUUUCUCCUGCUGGUGAAUCAGGAGGGGCAGCCGCUUCAUCUGAUGAUGCAUCGGAGAUGAUAAUCAGAGGUGGAGAUGGGGGAACUACUUCACGCUCAGGAGAAGACAGUGGAUUCACCAUUGGAGAUUGUGGGUCAGCUGGCUCUGGAUCAACCUACACAGGUGUGGGCUCAGGCGGAGCAGCCUCGUCGGGUCUCACCAAUGGAAGUUGA